AUGUUCGGCACUCUCAGAAUCUGGCAGUCUCGAUUACGCUGCAUCACUACCCAAUUAGCACCAGUGUACCGAUCGCAGCUGCAAUUGUCGCGACACGCCAGCACCAUUGCCUCAAACAGCGCAGCCAUCAAGUCGAAAUGGCCUCGGCGACUCAUUUACGCAGGGAUAUUCGGGGGUCUUGGUGUCGCUGCCGGGAAAUUGGUGGAUGAGAAAAUCUCUCCGCCGGCGUUGCCUGGAACAGUGGAAGAUGCAGCCAAGCUGGAGGAGAUCUAUCGCGUGUACGAGGACGGACUUCCAAUUGUGCGCGAAUUACGAAAGAACCCAGACUUUGUGGAAUCCAACGUCUACGAGGAUAUUACAGAGGAGCUUCUGGCGCGCAGGUUUACAUCUGGUCCGCUUCGUGGAAGUCGAGGGUUGGCGCUGCAGAAAGUAUUCUGGAACGAGAAGGAGAAGACUGUGGUUAGCGUGGUAUAUCUAGGGUCAGGCCUUGAGGGAUGGCCAACAGUCGUCCACGGUGGCGCUAUAGCGGCAGUUCUCGACGAAAAUCUGGGGCGUGCUGCGAUACGCCAUCUCCCAGAGCGCACUGGGGUGACAGCCAACCUCGAGAUUAAUUAUCGUGCUCCGGUAUACUCGGGGAAUUUUUACACCUGUCACGCUACGGUAGACCCAGAAAAGAGCUCUGAUCGCAAGGCCUAUGUGACGGGGGAGGUCCGCGAUCCGGUUGGCAGGAUAUGUGCUCAAGCCUCGGCGCUUUUCGUUGUUCCUAAAGGAUUCAAGUUACGGACGGUUGGGGAACGAUUUUGA